AUGCCCACCCUGACAUCAUACGUUGGCAACUCCUACUUCCAACCUUGCAAAACCAUUCUGGACAUCGCGCACCUUGCAGAUUCUUUCACGAUGAAAUCAAUUCUCUCUGUCAACGCUGGCUCGUCUUCAGUGAAAAUCAACUUCUACACCUUGGAGAACCCCCCGAAAAGCAUUGCGGAUGCGGAGAUCUCCGGGAUCACCGCACCCCCACCGACGUUCAAAUACCAGCAAGGCGAUAAAAAACACAAGGAAGAAGUCAAAGAGAAGCUUGACACUCCUCAAGAUGCGUUCAACUACCUCUUGAAACGUUGUUUCGAAGUUCCGGAGCUUUCCGAAAUCACCAGCGUCGACGACGUGCAAUAUAUCUGUCACCGAAUCGUGCAUGGAGGGGACUAUCGCGACGCAGUUGAGAUCAACGACGAAACCUACCAUCACUUGGAGUCAUUCGAAGACCUCGCACCACUGCACAAUUUUUCCGCACUGGAGAUCGUCCGUCACUGCAGGGACAAGCUCCCGAAGGUCAAAAGCAUUACAUUCUUCGACUCCGCCUUCCACCACACGAUCCCCGAACCGGUGCGCACAUACGCGAUCGACCAAGAAGUCGCCAAGGCGAAUGGCUUGCGCAAGUAUGGAUUCCAUGGAAUCAGCUACUCGUUUAUUCUGCGAUCGGUGGCACAAUUCUUGAACAAACCAGCUGAACAGACGAACCUCAUUGUGAUGCAUAUUGGAAGUGGGGCCUCUAUCUGUGCCAUCCGAAAUGGACAAUCCAUCGAUACAUCUAUGGGACUGACUCCUCUGGCGGGAUUACCCGGAGCAACCCGCAGUGGAGAUAUCGACCCAUCAUUGGUAUUCCACUACACUAACGAAGCGGGCAAACUCAGCCCAGCCAGCACGAAGGAAAUGCACAUCAGCACGGUAAGCACCUUGCAUCUCUGGGAUCAACAUCGACUGACUGGGAAUGAGGCCGAGGAAAUUCUGAACAAAAAAUCGGGAUGGAAAGCACUUACAGGAACGACUGAUUUCUCCGAGAUUGCAGUGGCGAACCCGCCCACCAAGGCGCAUAAGCUUGCAUUUGAUAUAUUUGUUGACCGCAUUCUCGGUUACAUUGGGAAUUACUACCUCAAGCUCAAUGGGCAGAUAGACGGUGUGGUCUUCUCUGGGGGGAUCGGCGAGAAGAGCGCCCUCCUGCGGAAGACACUGGUCGACAAGUGCCACUGUCUGGGACUGGGGCUUGAUGAUGCCGCUAACGACAAGGGGCCCGAGGACGGGGAGACGGUCAAAGAUCUUACCAAGGACUCCAGUAAGGGGCCCCGGGUUUUGGUUUGUCAGACCAACGAGCAGGUAUGUCUCAGAUCUUGA